GUCUUCUUGAUCCUCCCUCUUAUUCUGUUAGGGACCUUGAGAAUGGAUGGGGAAAAAGAAAAAGAGCGGGAGAGAGGAGAUGAAAAAGAGAGUGAUGAGACAGAGGAGGAUGCAGAGGGGGCAGCCUUAUUAUGGCAAGAGGGAUACCCUGAUGAUGACCUGGGCUUACCCAUCAUGCACUGGGAGGAUCUGAGUCUCCGUAUUGCUGAACUUGAGAAGCAACAAGAAGAGCGAAGACAGAGGGAAAAGGACUUAGACAGACUGACAGUAGACUGGCCAGAAAUCAGAGGGCUGAGCAGUCACAGAGAAACCUAUGAGGACAUGGAGGACGAUUGCAACAGUCGUCUGACUGCCCUGACAACAAGGCUUCAGAGCCAGAUGAAUCUACAGCUUUGCUUCAUUAACAACAGUGAAAGUGAAGAGGAAGAAGAGGAAAUGGAGGCAAAGAACAAGGUGGCAAAACAGUCCAGUAAGAGUGGCAGCAAUCAGAGGUUAGAGAAAGAAUGUAGUUCAAGCUCUGCAUCGGCUAAGAAAAGCAAAUCAAGAGGGUUCAAGAAUGAUGUCAGAGCUGCACUGAGUGUACUCAGACAUAAAUUGAGAUUGGAGCACAAACAGACUAUAGCUCCCAGUGAGGCUGUCAGAGAAAGGAAGCACUACGAAAGAAAUGACUUGAAGAAUUUCAGCUUGAAGGAGUUGAAAGCGCUGAGGACCUCACUAAGCAAAGACAUUCAUGACCUCAGUUCAGAGCUGGUGGGUCGACUUCUCACAAGGGACCAGCUGAGAACAGAGCAAGACGCCAUGCUCCUGGAGGUACAAGAUAUGACAUCACUCUGAUGCGCA